UAUUUACAGGACGGUAAGACAUUAACUGAUGAAUUAGAAGUUAUUGAAGGAAUGAAGUUUGAUAGAGGAUAUAUAUCACCCUAUUUUAUUAAUACAGCUAAGGGUGCCAAAAUAGAAUACCAAAAUGCAUUGGUAUUAUUCAGUGAGAAGAAAAUAUCUAGUGUUCAAUCUAUUAUACCAGCUUUGGAACUGGCAAAUUCUAAACGUCAACCAUUGAUCAUUAUUGCUGAAGACAUAGAUGGUGAAGCUCUUAGCACCAUGGUAUUAAACAGGUAAACAAAAGAUUUUCUGUUUAAAGCAUUU